GUUAUAAAUGGACGUCAAUUUUCACGCUGGCGUACUAAGUAUCGUUCUUUCCAAUUUCCUUGGUACAAAAUAGGAUUGCCAUCCAAAUCAAAGGAGACGAAAUAGUGUUAAUCAACUGUGUUUUUUCCGUUUUGUUCCUGGUUUCCUUCCUCCAUAUAAAAUGACAAUAAAUAAUAAACCCUUGACUACCUGAGUACAGAUCCAACUUGUUUUUCCAGAGCCAACUCUCUUACAUAACCAACCGAAGCCGAGAUUGGACAAGUGGGUUUAUAGGUUUUGAUCGAAACUGAAUAUGGCAGUGAUGAAACUGGUGAUAUGGAUUUCCAUUGUGGUAGUGCUUUUGUUGAGAGCAGAGUGCUUCUAUCUUCCUGGAGUCGCUCCUCGAGAUUUCAAGAAGGGUGAUACGCUACAGGUCAAAGUAAACAAGUUGGCUUCUACAAGGACUCAACUUCCUUAUGAGUACUAUUCUCUGCCAUAUUGUCAUCCAAAGAAGAUUGUUGAUUCUUCAGAAAAUCUUGGUGAAGUUCUUCGAGGUGAUCGCAUUGAAAAUUCUCCUUUUAUGUUUAAAAUGAGAGAAAGUAGACUUUGCAAUGUUGUUUGUAAGACUAAAUUUGAUGCAAGCGGAGUAAAGAAUUUCAAGGAGAAGAUUGAUGAUGACUAUCGUGUGAAUAUGAUUUUGGAUAAUCUCCCGGUGGCAGUUGCUAGAUUGAGAUCUGAUGCAGGUCAGUCUCCUUCUUAUGAGCAUGGCUUUAGGGUUGGAUUUAAAGCAAGCCUCAGCGGGAGUUCUGAAGAGAGAUAUUUCAUUCACAAUCAUUUAUCUUUUGUCGUGUCUUUUCAUAAGGAUCUUGAGACAGAUUAUGCACGUAUUGUAGGAUUCGAAGUCGCACCAUACAGUGUGAAGCAUGAGUAUGAGAAACCAUGGAAUGAUGAAAAGCCCCAUUUGACAACAUGUGAUCCGAAUACUAAACGUACAGUUUCAAAUACUGAUAUACCCCAGGAAGUGGUGGAAGACACCGAAAUCAUUUUUACUUAUGAUGUUUCAUUCCAGGAUAGCCCUGUGAAAUGGGCAUCUCGUUGGGAUACAUACCUUCUCAUGACAGAUGAUCAGAUCCAUUGGUUCUCUAUCAUUAAUUCUUUGAUGAUUGUAUUAUUUCUUUCUGGAAUGGUUGCAAUGAUAAUGAUGCGAACAUUAUACCGAGAUAUCUCAAAGUACAAUCAAUUAGAAACACAGGAUGAAGCGCAAGAGGAAACAGGUUGGAAGUUGGUUCAUGGAGAUGUAUUUAGAGCUCCUGCCCAUGCAAGCUUACUGUGUGUUUAUGUGGGAACUGGAGUACAAUUUUUUGGGAUGACCCUUGUCACAAUGAUUUUUGCAAUGUUUGGUUUCCUUUCCCCAUCAAAUCGUGGAGGUCUCAUGACGGCUAUGCUUCUUUUGUGGGUAUUCAUGGGUUUGUUUGCUGGGUACUGCUCUUCUCGUCUUUAUAAGAUGUUCAAAGGCACAGAAUGGAGAAAGAAUACACUCAAGACAGCCUUCUUGUUUCCAGGCAUUGUAUUUUGCAUUUUCUUUGUACUGAACACGUUGAUAUGGGGUGAGAAAUCAUCAGGUGCCGUUCCUUUUGGUACCAUGUUUGCUUUGGUUGCUCUCUGGUUUGGAAUUUCUGUUCCAUUGGUCUUUGUGGGUAGUUACUUUGGGUACAAGAAACCUGCAAUUGAGGAUCCAGUGAAAACCAAUAAGAUCCCCCGUCAGAUUCCAGAACAAGCUUGGUACAUGCGGCCGUUUUUCUCUAUACUCAUUGGAGGCAUUUUGCCUUUUGGUGCUGUUUUUAUUGAACUAUUCUUCAUCUUAACUUCUAUAUGGCUGCAUCAGUUCUACUACAUCUUCGGGUUUCUGUUCCUCGUCUUUGUGAUUCUUAUUGUCACAUGUGCAGAGAUAACCAUUGUCCUAUGCUACUUUCAGUUGUGCAGUGAAGAUUAUCACUGGUGGUGGAGAUCUUAUUUGACUGCAGGCUCUUCAGCCUUUUAUUUGUUUCUAUAUGCCACAUUCUAUUUCUUCACCAAGCUGGAGAUCACAAAGCUUGUUUCUGGGAUUUUGUAUUUUGGUUACAUGACGAUCAUUUCAUAUGCAUUCUUUGUAUUGACUGGAACAAUAGGUUUCUAUGCUUGCUUCUGGUUCGUGCAGCUGAUAUACUCAUCAGUGAAGAUUGACUGAAGCUUCUCAUAUAUUGGUCGUUUUUCAUAAGGGCCCAGAAAGUUCUGGCUUAAAGAAUUGCUACUUUCUCAUUUAUGUAGUUUAGAGUUUCGGCAUGACAUCACAGGAUAUGUUGGCAGCGAAGGCAAUGCUAAUCUUGUAUGACGGUGUAUUUUCUGCUUUGCUUUAACCUUCCUGAUACAAUCCCGAGUAUGAGAAGCUUGAGGAGCUUAAUUUUCAAUGUAAUACAAUGUUUCCCAUUGCAUUGAAUGCUGAUACCUUUGAUAUUUAUUGGUCAAGUCUAUUCAACCA